ACUACGCCCUUCAAAACAAACACAAUACGGAAGAAGGAAGUUAUGCACCUGUUGCUGCUGUCUCUUUGUCUACCUUUCAACGAGUUUCUACCUGUGAGAAUUAGUGGCUACAUAUAAUUGUUGUUGUGAGCAUGGCAGAUGUUAAGGAGGAAGCAGUGCCAGGUGAGGAGCAGCAAAAGCAGCUCGACUCCACUUCUGAUGGACCGGAGGACACACAGCCUGCUGUCCGCUCAGAGGACACAGAGGAGCGGCCACCGGAGGUCGGAGUGACCCCCUCCACCCCCCAGCAUGGAGCCAGCUCUGUGGUGUCACCUUUGAACCAGUUUAGGAUGAAGAGGUUCUUCGUGCUGAGGCCUGGCACUCUGAAUCAGGCCAUCAAAGACGUUGAAGCUCUGGUGGAUAAAGAGUUGGAUGGCGGCGUUCGCAGCAUUUGGCUGAUGGCAGAGGUAGACCACUGGAACAAUGAAAAGGAGCGUCUCGUCCUCAUCACAAACGGCUCUCUCCUGGUCUGCAAGUACGACUUUGUCAUGUUCAACUGUGAGCAGAUCCAGAGAAUCCCUCUGAACUUUGUGGACCGCAUCUCCCACGGCACCUUCAGCUUCCCGAAACACUCCAUUCUUCAGAGAGAGGGGGACGGGGUGCGGGUCUUCUGGGACCGACUGAGAGAGCCCUCCUUCACCUCCAGGUGGAACCCCUUCACCACAGACUUCCCCUUCAUCACCUUCACCUAUCACCCUGUGAGGAACAUCAGUGACACAUUUACUGAUCUCUGUGAUAUCCAGAAGUUUCGGGAGCAGCUCAGAGACGCAGCGCAGGAAGUCCACGCCGUGAAGCCCGUUCCGGGGAAAGCUAACGGUGUCCUGGUUCUGAAUCAGAACAUCCUCAUCGACGCUUACGUCGGCGUCAUGUCUUUCCUCGGGAACCAGAACAAGCUGGGAUACUGCAUGGCUCGGGGAAACAUUGGCUUCUAGCUCCUGUGCAUUUUUUAUCCGAGUUUUGUUGCGUCUUGAAUUCAUGUUCGUUUGUUUACAGAGUUUAUUCAGAUUCUACAAGGAUUGACCAAAAGAAUUCUCCUGAUUUAGGUUUGUGUCACAUGGCAGCCUGGAUUCUCGAGGGUGUUCUGUGUGAGCUUUAAACAAGCGUGUGAUCUCCCUCGCUGCUUAUUACCAGUGUGUGGUGUCUGAGCACUCAGAAAUAUCCACAUUUCAACACCGCUCUUCACUGGAUGACGGAUCCCCCGCUGCUCUCAAGGAGCUUUGUAUUUGCUCCUCAGUGAUAUGGUAAUUCAACUCUUUCGCAAUGGGACUCCUUUCUUCCUCCCCCGUUCCUCUGUUAAAAGCUCAUUCCCAUGCCGUUCAGCCCCUUAGAGAUUCACUGGAGCAUGGGGGCACAUUUGUCAGUUUAGUUUUAUCAUUGCUCGUGUAUUUUUACAGUGCUUACAGUGUUGGAAUUUCCCCUGGAUUUGUGUGUUUACUGCGUGUCACUCUGCUUUGGUAUCAUCUGUUUGUCUUGUGAGGCUGUCACACACGAGAAACUAAACCCUCACAUAUUUGCUUCUCUUUUUUUUUCCUUUUUAGCUGCAUGAAAUAUGCAGAUUAUUCAUGCAGAUUCCUAUGCACUGUUUCUCCUUUUGUGCGCUUUCUCCCUCAGUUUUAAUCCUCUGACUUGAUAAAAAAAUAUGAAGCAGAAGUGCAGUUACUGAAAGAUGAAUCAAGGGGUCAAGAUUUAAUCUGAACCAUAGCAAGGGUCAGGACGGUUAUUUUUUUAAACGUUAAUGACUAAAGUGGGGGAAAAAAAUGUAAAGGAAGAAUGUGCAAGUUUUUGAUCCAGUAGCUGAUGCUUGAGCGCCAGCAUUCAAACAAAACACACUGCUGUUUGGCUGCACCUCCGCCAUACUGAUUCCCUCCGCUUCUCGGCACACCUCCAACCGCUCUUCGCUUACGGUCACACCGAGGAGUUAUCAAAUGGAACACACCAUAAUUAAGCACCAUUAAGCUCAAGUGGCAGACAAAAUUGUCCUUGGCUCGAGCUGCAAUUUCCUUUGGCCUGCAUUUGUUGUGUUAGCAGGCUAAUGUUAGCACGUUUAGUUAGCUUGUAGCUUCCCUCAGAAUGGCCGAGAUCUAAAAGCGCUUACGUGACAUCUUGAAUAAGCAGUGAGUAUCUUCUUCUUCUCUCUAGUUCUUGACUAAAACAGCUUUUACACACAAGGGGAGGAGUCAGCCGUUCUGUCCAUGUAAACACAGCACCAAUAACAACACAGCCGGCUUCUCACUCUUCAAAGAUUCUUACCUGACAGAAAACAUCCUCUGUAUUGAAGGCCCAGCUCAGACUGUCCUCCUAUACCCUGCACCUCAACAACUUGUAAAUACCGGCUGAGGCAAUGAAGAGCACAGUCAUUUUGACUGAAACUUUAACUGAGGAUGCUCCACUUGUUUUUAGCUAGCAGCUACAUCCAGUUGCCUUCCACAUGGAGCUACAAUCACAUUACUCUGCCCUCACACGCACGCACUAAACUCCAGAAAGUGUCUCCAAAAUUUUAAGAUGAUUUCAUAAAUACAUUUUCACCCCCACUUUACCCACUUUAACCUGCCAGCUCCCCAGUUAUAUUUCCACAAGAAGCUGUAGAGAGAACAAUGUGUGAACGCAGCAUAGAGCUGGACGCUGUUAUUUUGUCCUUUGUUCUGUAAAUGUUGUAAACACUAAUCACUUCCUCUGUAUUUUUUUACUUCAUGACUUGCUACCUGAAACAUUUGUCAGAUAUGUUCUAUAAUUUGUCAGAUAUGAAUGUGUGAACGGGACUUUAUUCGACCUUCUUCUAGCUUCAAUUCUAACAAGAUCUUCUCACGUUCAGCUGCAGUUAUAAUAUGUACUGAUCUGCACAACCCUGUUUGACCUUAUAAUGCCUUUUAUAAUAAUAAUUUUUAUUUAUGUAAGACCUUUAAAACAGAUGUUUACAAAGUGCUCUGACACAAAGCAAAGGCAGGAACUCAGGAAUAUAACAUAUUAAACAUCAAUAGUCAGGCCGGACAGAGACAAGUCUACAAAACUCAAACAAAAGUGAAUACAUGAUGUGAAAGCAAGAGAUCUAAAAGAAUAAAUGCAUAUGGAUAAAAAAAAUAUAUAGAUAACAGUUCUGAAAAGGUCGAUAUCAAGUAAAGGAAAUACAAUUAAAAGAGUGAAUAAAAGAAUAAAAGCAUUAAAAUGACACCUGGAAUAAUGGUUAUAAUUAGAUUAAAGAUAACAAAAGAGGAUUAAAAGAAGAAGAGAAGACGGCAAAAGCAAGGUCACCUUAAGUCUUGAGCCUCGUCCUUAGAACGACCAGAAGGGCCCCACCCCGAGGAUCUAAUGGGGGCGCAGGCGGAUACAAAUCCGGGCCUCUGGCUUGAGGACUAUAGCGUCUGCACAUGGAGCGCUUGCACUAACCACUAAGCUACCAGCACCCCAAAUCCAUUUUUUAAGGAUUCAUAACUAUAAUGUUGUUAUUGUUAGUGUAACUUUUAACCAAAGAAUGCAACAUUGAGGUGGAAGGAGGAAAAAACGAACAUAUGGAAAAUUAAAAAAGUAACAGUUGGUGUCAUGCAGUAACCGUC